AUGCCUAUUCUGUCAUUCACCUUGAGUGAUGAAGGCGUUUCUGCCUUUCGAGAUACAUUGAUAUGCCUCAAUAAGUUCAGCGACGAUGUUUCGUUAGAAGCAAGAAGAGAUGCGUUUGUUCUUACAACGUUAAACAACUCCAAAUCCGCCUACGCCAGCUUCAAAUUCACUACAAGCAGGUUCUUCUCCAAAUACCAAUUCCGACCAGCCGGACAAUUCCGGGAUAAGUUUUAUUGUACUCUGUACAUUAGAGCUCUGGUUUCUCUUUUCCGCAGCCGUUCGGUCUCAGAUAGUCAACGGGAUACGGAAAAGCAAACCCUCAUUGACAGAUGUGAUGUUAUCAUCGAUGAUGGAGAAGGCAUCAAGAGCCGCUUCGUCGCUCGUAUCGUUUUCCGCAACGGGCUUACAUCAACCCAUCACUUGCCUUUUCAAAUUCUUGCCCCCGUUCAUGCAAAAUUUAAUAGACAGGAUUCACCACAUCAUUGGACAAUAUCAUCGAGGACUCUUCGUCAGCUCAUGGACCAUUUUGGACCAGGAAUUGAGUAUCUUGAUAUCAACACCGAUGGAGACCACGUCAACUUUACUUGUUUUAGUGAGAAGACAGUCAGCGAAGAAGCAGUACUCAAAAAGCCAUUACAAACAUCUAUAGCUAUUGAAGCUGACGAGUUUGAUGACAUUGACGUUGAGGACAAGCUGCACAUCGUCAUCUCCGUCAAAGACUUUCGUGCAAUUAUUCAGCAUGCUGGGAUUACAGGAAACGCCAUCUCUGCUCGAUACUCUCUUCCCGCAAAACCCAUUCAGCUCACUUAUUCUGGAGAUGCACUCUUCUGCGAAUUCACAAUCAUGACUGUCGGGGAACGAGGAAGUAACCCUGACCAAAAAAUCAGGAAAAUUCGUAAGGGAACCGGAAAUAGUGCAGGCCCACGCUUGGAAGCGACAUCUCGUAAAACGAGCGUCACGCCAUUUGAAGCGGCUAGGCACGCACAAACUGGUCAGCCACCUGAACUUGCAGUUGCACCCCAAAAAUCAGCUAUAUCAGUCCCGGCACCGCAUCUCGGCACCGCUAGAGCCAGUGUUUCAAGAAUAGGAGCAUUCGACUUGCGACCAUCCCAGAAACCACCACCGCCUACUAUACGAUCCGAGAGUCUAUUCGUAGACGAUGCAGGGUGGGAACCUGUCAGAGAUGAGGACGAAGAUGUCGAAGACGACGUCAGAUUAGAGUGGGAUCAUAGUGCAGACCCGAACAAAUCUGCGAUGCAAAUGACUCCUGCCGACGAGGAAAAUGCCGCGAGCCUCGAACACCGUGAAGUAGAAUCCAAUGCACAGGCAGAAACACAAGCCGCCGAGUCAACGUACCUGGAGCCGACACAGAAACUUUCUCAAGUUAAGAAUCUUGCGUUAUUUCCUGACUAA